AUGUCGCCAAUUGUACACCAAACGCGAGCCAAGACGCCAAGCAAAGCAAAUGACAAAACAGUCAACGGAAUAAAAACCGGAAGUGUAUUCACUAAUAUGCAGUGUCAUCCCCUAGCUUACCAAACGGUCACUCAGUUACCAGAUUUCAGUUUUGAACCUGUGCUCCACUAUUUAAGACAUAGAAGGUCUAAAGUACGGUGUGGAGCAUACCGCCUAUUAGAAACAAUUCUGAGGGUUUCAAGACUGCCUGAAUUUAAUAACUACCAUAAACAUUUCAUUAUAGAAGAUGGAGCCCAGAUUUUAACGGAAUUUUUACAGGAUGUUUGCGAUAUUCACCCACUGCUGAGCAAAAGAUCACUUAAGUUAUUAGACAAUCUGUCUGAUAGCAUUAAUGGGACGAGUGCAUUAACGUAUAUCAUUACCAACAUCUUAUGGGGUAUAGUCAAUUAUAGAAACCCUGCUAAGUUUAAGAAAAUAAAAGGCAGAAUAAGGCAGCAGAGAAAAAAGCUGAAAGGUUCCCAAAAUAUCAAUGACGACCCUCCUCCUUACCCUAAUAAAAAAGAAAAGAAGACAAAGACAAAUAAAACUCGACAUAUUGUACGUUUCUCCGAUGUUGUAUUGGAAAUACAACCAGGCCCAAGUAGAUUCGACGAAUAUGAUGAUGACAGUCUCAGUUUUCUCGACAGUGAAGGAGAUGACGAUCUACUGCCUGGUACAGUAUUCGAUUCUUCAAAACCUACCAAUACAACACAUAGGCAUCGUGAAGCAAAACCUUCGUCUAAUUCAUCGGAGACAUGUUUGGAUGCUUAUGAGACUUACCCCUCUUUGGGUUAUGAUGAAACAGAUAAAGAAUUAUCUAGUAAUGAUGAAAGUAUCAGUGACGAAAUGGAUGAAUCUAUUAUAUUCGUAGAGACGAUACAACCACCAAUCCGUAAGGAGCCAACUAAGACAGUUAUACAGCCAUCUGCUGUAACCAUUCAGCCACCAGUAAAAGAAAUCGUUCGACAACCAACAAAACACACAGAAAAAAUAAAUAAACCGAAAGGAAAAGUAACUAAAAAAAAGAGUUCUGGAAAAAUUACUUCCCAGCAUGCGGGGAUUAUUAAAAUUGAAAGGAGAAGAAUUCGGGAUCGUCGCGCAAGGCGCCUUAACUUGAGGAUGCUUCAUCGUGGUACCUACGAACCAUUAUACCACGGGAAUGUCUUGGAUCCUCUAUGCAUAAAAACUGCAAUGGAUACUGUACGACGACCUAUAUUCGAUGAAUUCAUGAAUACGCUAGAAUUUCGUUCUUAUCCUCCGAAGGUACUCAACAACACUCGUCGCUUAGUACUUGAAUUAUUCUGCAAAUUAACUCAUCCAACAAUGCCUUAUAAUGUAAGUCCAUUAAAUAUGACUAGAACACAAGUUAUUAACUUUUUGUAA